CAAACUUGCUAUGUUUGGAAAUAUUUCUAAAGAUUCUAUAUUUUCUGUUCCUAAUUCCUAACAUAUAUAUGAUGUUCCUGAAGUUUUACAAAAAUAAAAGUUGGCUGAACGUAUUUUAGAAAAGUUUAAGUUACCAAUUUAAUAAGUUCCAAAUAUUUAAUAAUAUACCUAAUUUGGACAGUACUUGAAUGAUCUCUAGACUUCUAAACCUGUUACAAUUGGAAUCAUGGGAAAAUAUAUGAAAAAUCUGGUUGUUUAUUGUUAUCUAUAUAGGAUGCAUAUAUGUCUUUAAUAAAAGCAUUAAAGGAAGCUAGUUAUGCUAUUAAAGUCAAUUUAUAAUUAAAAUAUAUUGAUCUUAUAGAUUUUUCAAGUAAACAAAAUGCUGAAGAAGAACUUGAAAAGGAAUGCAAAUAAUUUGAUGCUAUUCUUGUUCCUGGUGGAUUUGGAUAUAAUGGUUUCAACCUUAAAAUCAAGUGCUGCUAAUAUGCUCGAGAAAAUAAAAUACCAUUUCUAGGCAUCUGUUAUGGCUUCUAAGCAGCUGUCGUUGAAUAUGCCAGAAAUGUCUUAGGAGUAAAAGAUGCUACAACUGAAGAAUUAAAAGAUGAAUUAAUUGGAUCCAAUUUUGUUGUGUUUAUGCCUGAAAUCAAUCCAAAAUUAUUUGGAGGUAAUAUGAGAUUAGGAAAUCAUUAAACAAUAAUUGAGUAAGAUAUAUAAAUUAUUUUUAGAAAUAAAGAUAGUAUUGCAUAUCAAAUAUACGACUCUGAAGUUGUAGAAGAAAGACAUAGACAUCGGUAUGAAGUCAAUCCUUAAAAGAUUCAAAAUCUAACUGAAAACGGUCUUGUAUUCUCAGGAAAAGAUAGAAAAACUGGGUAACGAAUGGAAGUAUUUAUUUAACAUUAUUUCAAGAUUUUAGAAUUACCAAAUCAUUUACAUCCUUUCUUUGUAGGAGUACAAUAUCAUCCAGAAUUCACUUCCAAAAAUUUCAAACCUAAUCCUCUAUUUGUUAGCUUUGUAUCUGCUGCUGCAAAUGGAGAAUUUCGAAAAUCUAAAAUAGAUGUUAAUUAUAAUAAUAAGAAAAAUUGA